AUGCUUCGCGACGACGAGGAAUACAAACGCGCCCAAGAAGCCUGGGUAUCCAACUGCACAGGUGGUUCUAUAACCGAAAUACUUUCAGUGGUCUCGUCACUCGUGGCGUCUCAUUUACUUUGGUCCACCUUGAGUCUUCAUUCGAGCAUCCCAUCGCAGAACUUGUUCAUACAAAUCGUCAUUUACGUUGUACCUGUGUUGCUAAGUCAAACGGUGGCUGCUGAUCAUGCUAUCCUGGUGGCACUCGCUUUGGUGUCCUUGUCAUUUCUAUUCUCGCGUAUCUCGCAAUCAUCACCACAACAAGCACCCGAAUCAAGCCAAUUCUACAAGUCCUAUCUUACGGUGUAUCGUGCAGGCAUCAUGAUGGUUACAUGCAUGGCUAUCCUAGCUGUGGAUUUCCCCAUCUUUCCACGUCGAUUUGCAAAGGUGGAAACAUUUGGCACAUCAUUGAUGGAUGUUGGUGUAGGAUCUGUGGUGUUUUCUUCAGGCAUUGUUGCAUCAAGAUCUUAUCUUAAUCGACACCCCGUUCCUCGUAUAACGGCCAUGAUCAAAGCUUUCAGAUCAGCUCUCCCUAUUCUCACUCUCGGAUUUCUUCGUUUUAUACUUACCAAAGGAGUUGACUACCAGGAACACACUUCAGAAUAUGGCUUACAUUGGAACUUUUUCUUUACUCUUGGGUUUCUACCACCUUUUGUGACACUGGCUAGUUUUAUGCAACAAUGGAUUUCCUUUUCUGCACUUGCCAUGGUACUCGCUUCAGCGUAUCAACUUGCUCUCUAUUAUGGAUUACAAUCAUGGAUUCUCGAUGCCCCACGUGUUGAUAUCUUGAGUGCCAAUAAGGAAGGCGUAUGCAGCUUCAUUGGUUAUGUGUCCAUAUUCUUGCUUGGAUUGGAAUCGGGAAUGAUUAUCUUCCGAAAUGAUCUCUCUCAAUCCUCCUUGAUUCGAUGGCUUGGAGUCAAAUCAGACGCACCCAAUUCAAAGCAUGUUGGUGUUCAUUUAUUGGUGCAGGCGUGUGCUUUAUGGACAUUGCUUGGAUGUUGGUGGUUGUAUUUAUGCAUCGGAGACGAAAAUGAAAUGUUCAAAGUGUCGAGGCGAAUGGCCAAUCUUCCUUAUGUUAUCUGGGUAGUUGCAUUCAAUUUGACGCUCUUGGGAUGGUUGGUAUGGGUUGAGUACUUAUAUCCAGUUCCUGGUCGAGGACCCUCCUUGUUGGAUGCAGUCAAUGUGAAUGGUCUUGUCACUUUUCUUUGGGCUAAUAUCCUUACAGGAUUGGUGAAUUUGAGCAUGAGAACAUUAUACGCAUCCAGCAUUCAAAGUUUAGCCGUAUGCUUUAUAUAUAUUACAGUGGUGGCACUUUUGCCGUGGAUUUUAUGGCGACAUUAUGGUAUUCGAGUGAAAUUGUAA